AUGCCUAACCAAAAAAUCAUCCUCGUAACUGAAAAUCAUGUCAUUCUGGCCGCCCGAAGCCAAGAGCGGGGCGCCAAGGCGGUAGAAGAUCUCCGAGCCCGCAAUCCAGCCGGUACCGUGAGUCUGCUCCAACUCGAUAUCACCAGCGACGACUCGAUCAAAGCCGCCGUCGAGAAAAUAACAGCCGAAUUUGGCGUUCUCGAUGCGCUUGUCAACAACGCUGGCAUUGUCGUCACGCAGCCCAAGGACCGCCGGUCCGAGCUACUCGAAACCUUCAACACCAACGUCGCCAGCACCAUCAUCCUUACAGAGGCCCUGGUUCCGCUACUCCAAAAGUCCAAAGACCCGCGCAUCAUAAACGUAUCGAGCGGGUUGGGUUCAAUUUCCGAGCGUACGACUCCAGAAUCGCCGUAUUACGGGGUCCCCGGUGGGGCGUAUCGCGUUUCCAAGGCGGGUCUAAACAUGGCUACUGCGAAUAUGGUGUUUGAAUUUAAGAGCUGGAAUGCCAAAGUGUGGGCUUACUGUCCUGGAUAUGUGGUGACCAACUUGACGGGAGAAAAUGAUAGGCAAAACAGGAUUGAUAGUGGUGCAGACAGCUCGGAGACCAGUGCGCAAGGCAUACUUGAGAUUUUGCAAGGGAAGCGAGACAGCGAGGUUGGAAAGUUCGUCGCUCGCUUCGGGAAACAAUACAACUGGUAG